GCAAUGCCUUCAAAGAAAAGCCGUUUCUUCGUUCUCCUGUAAAAUUUGAGUACCGUUAGAUAGGAGGUUUUUCAAUUUGUCGAUGGGCGGUCUUGCAAAAACAUCGACGGCAUUCGCAUUCGCAUCAAAUAAUGGGAAUGUUUUGCGAAUGCGAAGCUCAACAAGUUCUGUUAAAAGUCUUAUUGCCAACCUUGAAAUAAUUUUAUAUUCCUCGAGCAAAAGCGAAGGCUCGAUGACAUUAAAAAAUGUCUAAUUAAAGCUGAAUACAAGGCCUAUAUUAAAGAAAAACGAGCCUAUCUCGAUUAAAACCCUCUCGAUUGGUGGAAAACCAAACUAAAAUACUACAAAUUGACGGAUCUGGCUCACAAAUAAUUGAGAACUCCACCCACUUACUCCACAGUUCAGAGUAAGCAAUUGUUCCGUGCAGUUUGGCCUUAAGUUAAUAUACAUACAUAAAAAUAGCGGAUAUUUUUUUACAAAUGACUGCUAUUAACGAAAUUUUCCAGGUGUUCUUUAUAUAAAUGCAUUCAAACGAAAACUGCCCUAGAAGUUUAACUGACUAUAUUUUUUUUUUUAAAUAAAUACUAAUGAAGUAAGCAAAUAAACGAGAGAAAGUGGAGACCACCAAAAUACCAAAUCAAAACUCAAUGUGCAGAUUAACGGGAACAUUUUUGUAAAUAAAUGUGUUUUAUAAGUAAUAAUAAUAAAACAUUGAAACCCCGCAAUAUAAACCGUCACAUUACAUUUGUGUGGCAACGCCGCCGCGGCCUUUAAUAUUUCCGUUGACAUGGUUCGCUUGAACGCUUCGACUGCACAGGAACUUCACCCGCCACAACUCCUUCAAACAUACUAUGCCGGCAAUAACAACAACAACAACAACAAUAGCAAUGGCGCCCAAAAUUCUGCUAGUGGCAACUUCACCAAUAGCUUUUCCUCCCCUUCUUCAUCGACUUCCAGUUUGAACAGCAACGCAUCCUCCUUUGAACCACACCAGCAUCAACAUAAGCAUCAGCUGCAGCUGCAGCAUCAAGUUCAACAACAUUUGCAUCAUCAACAACAACAACAACAACAACAACAACACCUUAACCCAAACUCAAAUCAAAGCCAACGACAACAACAGCAGCAGCAGCAGCGACCUCCAACCAACAUAGUUAUGGUUGUAUCAAAGCAGCCGCAGCAGCAGCAGCAGCAAAAAGCCCCUCAGCUGCAAGUAGCCCAGCAGCAGCCACCGCAGUACGCACAUGGAGCAGCAGUGGCAUCGCCGCAUCAGCAUCAGCAUCAACAUCUGCAUGGUCACAAUGUUCAGCAUCAGACGUCAUUGCAGACAAAUUCGAGCGGUUUGGGUAUUCACCACCAGCAGCAACAACAACAAUCGCCAACGGAGGGCCCGACGACAUCGUCACUUCCAGCUUCGCCACCGCUGCUGCAACAGGCAGCAACACCACCACAGGGCAGCACUCAGCUGGUGCAACCCGUUUGCGCUGUUCACCAUCCACAGCAGCAUCAACAACAGAUGGCCCUAGUUGCAGCUAUGCAUCAGCAACUGGCAGCCGCAGCCGGAAUUGGCCAUCCUCCACCGCAGCACUUGCAUCAUCCACACAGCCCACACGUACAAUCGCCACAAACGCAGUCACACCCAACGCAACAGUGCACUCUAACGGGCGUACAAGCUCCGCAGGUUCCAGUGCAGGCACAAACAGCUGUGUUGAGUGCAGCAGUGCAGCAGUCACAAACGUCUCAACAUUCCCAACAACUUUUGAUCGAUACCGCCGCUCACGCCAGUGCAUGCAGUGCUAACGACGGCGGCGCAGGAGGAGUUGGCAACUCAAGCAGCGGCAAUGCUCCUGGAGUAUCGUUGAGCACUGGCUCAGGCAGUGCUGCCAGUAGUAGCGGCAAUACGAUCGUUGCCUCCGCACCGCCAUCGUCGGCGUCCAGCCAGCUAUAUAUUCAGUAUACCGGAGAUUUCUAUCCAACGGAGUAUUACUUGCCGCCGCAUCCAACCGAAAGCAUUUGCCCUCAGCAUCCACAUCAUCAUCAAGCGCUGUGCGCCAUGCCAACUGAUUAUGGCCCAACACCGGUGCAAAUGGUUUCACAAAACCGGCCCACACCAAUCCCAGUGCAAGUACAAGUACCACAAGGUCAGGUGAUGCAGCAAUAUGUUAACGAGAGCGGACCUUUUGCGCACGUUGUGCUAUCGCCACAAUACCAACAGCUCCACGCCAGCCAAGGACAUAUUCAUGCCCCUUUCUUGGCUGCCAAUGGCACCUCCCACUUCUAUUCACCAAUACAGGCGGGAUUUCCAGGUGGCGGACCGGCCCAUUUCCACGCAUUAUCAAGUGGCCACGUCCAAACGCAGCAACCUCCUCAACAGCCACAAGCUCUGACAGCUCAACAGCAGCAAACGUCGACACAUCAGCAACCCUUAUCGCAUUCACCUUCACCUCCCAAUAAUUACCAUAAAGAUGAACGCAGCCAGCGUCAACACACAAAGUUAUUGCGAAAACUUGAAAAACAACGGGAACUAAACCCUGCGAUGUCAACACCUACCAAUUCACCGUCCCCUCGGCGUACUGAUAUAAACACACAAAAAAGUCAUUCACCUGUAUUGACCAAUAAUAGUAGCAACACAAACGGACCUAACCAUAGCCAAAACAACACUGUACUGAAUGCAGGAAUGUUGAUAGUACCUUCAUCGCUUGCAAGUUCUUCUGUAACAAGCAACAGCACCACCGGAUUAAACCUCAGUCUUCAAAGUAGGAACCAAAAUCAUGUUCAGCAACAACAGACUUCGUCUCAGCAGUCAUCAAGCAACCAGAACUUGCAUAGCCGACGAAUCUCUCAACGAAAUGGCAGCGUACCCUCAAAUGCACACCAGGUAAAUAGCACUAAUGGAUGCAUGGCAUCUUCAGUUGAAACUUCGGAAGACAGCAUGGAAGGCAUAUUAAAUGCUGUUGAUGAUGAAGAGGACUAUCAGUCUCUGCUAAUAGAGCAGCUUUCUUCAAUAAAGAAACCCAAAGUAAUUAAUUUAACUUCGAGAUCUGCAAAAAUCGUCUGGGAAGCCGCAGCAAUCACAGAUCCCCAGAUAAACACCCGUGAACUGCGUUAUAAUGUGCUGUUUAGUGAUCGCGUAAAAGACUGCAAGUACAAGAGUCUUUAUAAAGGCGAAUCAUAUGAUUGCAUUGUGCAGGACUUGCAACCUGGCCAAGUAUAUAUAGUGCGUCUUCAGGUACACUAUGAAAAACUACAGGGAUCGGCCUCUGAUCCAACCGAAUUUACAACCCCACCCUGUGAACCAGAUCAACCAAUGCCACCUAAACUAGUAAUGCGGACAAAAAAUUCAUUACAUUUGCGUUGGACGAAUCCGUCCUCAAAUGGAUCCCCCAUUCAACACUACAUAUUGGAAUAUGACGAAGGCAAAACUAAUUUUACAUCAGCUGGCCGAUCAGCACGCCAAAAUUCUGGAAGUGAAGGGCUAAAUUUUGUUGAAGCCACGAAAACCAAAGGCAAACACUAUACUUUAACAAAACUACAGCCUUCCACCCUAUACUAUUUCCGUCUGGCAGCUGUUAACGACGUGGGAGCUUCUUUGUUUUCCAGCGUUUGCUCAUUUAGCACAUCUUGCAAUCCGCCGUCUGCGCCGAAGCCACCAAAACUACAAAGCAGUACCUCUUCUUCUAUUCGAAUUUGGUGGGAACGACGACAACAGGAUGAUGAUUAUGUAUUGCAAAUAUUUGAUCGGGAGUCUGGCCACGGCUAUCUUAACGCUUACAAUGGUCCCGAUUGCACACAUGAAUGCAAUCAACUGCGACGUGCCACAUCUUACCAAUUUCGAUUGCGUGCUGAAAAUGAAGCUGGCAGCUCUCCUUGGUCUAAUGAGGUCAGUUUUCAAACAUCUCCUGAAAAACCAGGAAAACCGGGCAAACCACACGUGAAAGGAAAAAUACAUGGAACACAUUUUCGCGCGCGAUGGGACCCACCUGCAGAUACAGGAGGCGCUGAAAUACUUCGCUAUUUUCUCGAAAUCACAUCUGGUUCCAAAUUUGAACGCGUUUAUAGUGGUGCCGAUACGGAAACUACUUGCGAUCGUCUACAACCAGGUACAGCUUACCAAUUGCGAACUUCAUGUGAAGGUCCAGCAGGUCUCAGUCCUUAUUCCGAUAUAGCGCACAUAACAUCAGAAGCAGUAGUACCAGCUGCACCGCCGCCACCUUAUUACGACAAUCCGCCCGGUCCAUUCGCGGCAGUUUUAAGACUGGAUAAACCAGAUUAUAAUGGCGGCUCGCAGGUGCUAGAAUUUGAGGUCCAGAUGAGGCGUCCAUUGGACGGACAAUUCGACAUUGGAAAUAAAACCAACGACCAUUCCAUUGUGUACCGCGGACGGGAUUCAUAUUGUGUGGUCAAAGAUUUGCAACCCGGCUGUUCUUACGAAGUGCAAGUGCGCGCAAUCAAUCGCAUUGGUGCAGGUGCCUGGUCAUCAUGGUUCCGAUUCUCAGCAGCAGCAGCACCUCCAAAUGCUCCUACCGAUUUGAAAGUUUUGGUCAAAUCAGCAACACAUUUACUUGUGAACUGGCAAGAACCAACCUGUAAUGGGGCACCGAUCGUUGAAUAUCGCUUAGAAAGUGCAAGUGUUCAAAAUGAUUUUAACUCCGAGUUGGAGAAGUCAUCAAUACAAAUGCCGGCAUUCCAAACAUGCUAUCAGGGUGCUCAAACCAGCGUCGAAUUACGCAAUUUAUUACCGUUUACAAUGUAUUACUUCCGUGUAAAUGCCAGCAACGCGGCUGGAGUAAGCAAAUGGACAACAAACAUUAACGAACGAACACCAGCUGCCGUUCCUGCUGCACCCCACAUCAAAGACUGCGAAUUUACCGCCACGGAAGUGUCACUUAACUGGACGGAACCUGAAUGCAAUGGCGCUCCCAUUACUGCAUAUACUAUUGAGUAUUCUGAGAAGUCAAUUACAACGACAGACACAAACACGGUUUAUACAGUUACUGGGCUUUUGCCUGAGACGACCUACAAAUUCCGCUUGCAGGCCAUAAACAAAAUUGGCCCAGGGCCAUUUUCCGCAUAUGCCAAACUCACAACGUUGCCUUCGCCUCCUACUCCACCUGCUCUAGAAUGUACUGGCGUUGGGCAUAACUUUAUUAAGUUAAAAUGGGGGGACGGCAAGAACCUGGACUUCGUAAAAUACUAUGUUGAAAUGUUUGUACAACGUGCGAAAGAGUUUCAAAUCGUUUACUCUGGUACAAACAGUAUGUGCAAAGUGAACAAGUUGCAAGAGCGUACCGCCUAUACUUUCCGGAUAUACGCAAGUACUGACCGCGCCGGGAUAGGAGACUACUCGCAUGAAUAUAUAUUUAGUACGACUCCCACCUUACCGAAUAGCAUUAAAGCGCCCCGAGUGGCCAUGGAAGGAGCUGCUGCUUGCUUGCUAACACACGGCGCUGGUGGUGCUGCCGGUUUUAUUCCAUCCGGAAUGCUGCCUGAAACGCCUACUAGUUUCAUAGCCGGCUUGGGAAACCUUUCUUUAGGCGUACCACUCACUCUUGAAUGGCAAAAUUCAAAAAAUACCUUCAGCGAUCGGAUUGAGUAUGUAUUACAAUAUGCAAUUGGCAAAGACGGUGACUAUAGGCGGAUUUAUAGGGGGCUAGAGACCAAAUUUACAAUUGAAAAUCUAGAGCCGGGAACUAUGUACCAAUUUCGCGUUUGUCCAAUUCGAGUUACUACUACCGGCGAAGAGUUAUUUGGUCAAUACACUUCUGCAUUCCGAUACCAAGUUCCUCAUAUUGCAUCACUGGACGACAUCGAUGGCAACAUAUUAGGAAAUAUUUCCAGCGUUUUCGGAAGUGCCAACAACAGUGGCCACGCGCCUAUGGGCUGCCACGGACAUUCGCAUCUGGCGCAUCACGUACACACUUUGCAUACACACCACUCGCACAACCACCCUCCACACAGUCAUUCGCAUCACAGCAGCAGACAAUCGUCGUCCAGUCUUCACCACCGUUCUGUAAGUGCAUCUGCUGCCAGUCCGAAUGGUUGCAGCAGCAGCAGUGGCAACAACAAUAGUAACGGUAGUAGUAAUAAUGGUGGGAGUACAAUUGUUAUUGGCCCUAAUGCUAUUGGCUUAAUACCGCUGGGUACGUCGAUGGCAAAUGAAUUGGGUGCAGUUGGAUUCGCUAGUUGUGAUGAUCCAAUGCAUCAUCACCACCACCAUCAUCACCAGUUUCAUGGAGGGAAUAUUGCUGCUGGACUCGAAGCCGAAGUAGCUGAUUCAACGACUGCAUCGUUUUUAGCGUCCACUGCCAAUAAUCUAUUGGCAAACAACGUCCUAUUGGCACAUGGAAGCUCAUCAACAAAUCAUGGGCAACAUGGUGCUGUACGGCGGUGUAUAAGCAAGAUAACUACAAUUUACACAAAUCGUAAGCGUUUCACAGAUCAGGAAAAGGCAGUUUUAUUCAUGGUUUGCUUUCUAUUUUUCACGUUUUUAUUUGCAACGCUUGUUAAAGCACUCAUGCGAUAAGCUUUGGCUGAAAAUAAAUAAAAAAAACCAACCCUCCCGAUUAUAAAGAAAUGAAGGAAGGGAGGAAGAUAGGUAUUAAUAAAGGUAGUAAAAUAUCGGCUUGUCAGAUAACUGUCUAUUAAAAAUCGAUUACUAACAAUUACAGUAAUACGGGGUUUACAUGAGGCGAUUUUGCAGGCAAAUAUUAGUUAAAAGCAACAAUCGCCUGGUGUGAAUGGCCUUGCAACUAAUCGCUUCCAAUUUUGAUUAAACUAAUCGCCGCUUAAAUUGAUUGCGAAGUCACCACAUGUAAAGGCCGUAAAAUGCGUAAUAAAAACGAAAAAUAACUAACCACAAUAAUUCCACCGUUUGUGUAUUUCGGAUUUUAGUGGAAUUUAACACUGUUGUGUAUUACAGUGUUUUGAAGUAAACAGCAUCGCAUAAUAACCUUUUUCAAACGAAUCUAAAGAAGUUGCUUUCGCGCCAAAAUCCGAAAUUGCCAUCGUUAAAAUUCGUGUGUAUCGUCAUCGCCAAUGCGAAAGGCCCUAUUAGACAUAUUUUCGAAAACUAUACCGUUUGUUGCAUUCAGAUACAACAAUACAAAAAUUCCAAGCCACAUCAAAUACGACAUUUGGCACUGACGGUGGAGAUGUAUAUUAUGUAAAGUUAUUUACAUAUUUAUUUUUUAUAUACAUACAUAUAUGCACGGGUCUAAACACUGCGUUCCGUAAUUAUAUCAACAGUCAAAAUUUGCCAACCUUUCUAAACUAUUGGAUGUUGGAAAUUACAAUAUAAAGCAAACAAAGGUAACGCAACAAUUAUGAAGCAACGAUAUUUUCUUAAUUAUUAUUAUUUUAAUUUUUUACAACUGUAACAAGAAAGAUUAGACUUACCUUGCCAUAAGAAAUUACAAAAUAUAAUUACCCAAAAACAACGUCAACACCAGUUAUCAAGCCGUACAGAUACAUUAUCGAAUACAAAAUCAAGCUAGUUCGAACCAGGGAAACACCCCACAUAUAGUUUGUUAUGUAUGUAUGUAUGAAUCUCAAGCUGAUUUACUCGUAUGUUGA